AUGUCUGUAUCUGUGUUCUGUUUGGUGAUAUUUUUAUUCAGUACAUAUAUGAUCAGUGUUCAAUCCGCAGUGUUUAUUAAUCGCAGGGAUGCUGUACAGAUCCUGAGGCACCGUCGAGCCAACUACUUCCUGGAGGAGGUGAAACCUGGAGAUCUGGAGCGCGAGUGUUAUGAGGAGAUUUGCUCAAAAGAGGAAGCUGCAGAAAUCUUUCAGAGCACAGAGAAAACAACAGAGUUUUGGUAUCGAUACAGACGUCAGAGUCAAUGCCGUGAAAACAUGUGUUCUAAUGGAGGGAUUUGCACUCUAAGUGAACACACACGUUAUGAGUGUAUAUGUCCACCACAUUUCACCGGAAAAUACUGUGAAACAGAGGUGUUUGAGUGUGAGUACAAGAAUGGUGGAUGUUUUCAUUACUGCAAAGACUCACAACCGGUUGGUUUAAGUGUCACCUGCAGCUGUGCUGAUGGAUAUGAACUGGAGGAGGACGGAAAAAGCUGCAAAGUGACGGCGCAAUUCCCAUGUGGAAAACAAUGGACUCAUGGCUUUCUACAGCGCUCCUUACUGGAUGACCUAAACCACACCCACACUGCAGAAGACCCCACCCACUACCCCACAAACAACAGUCAACUCAUGUCAAAUCACACCCAUUCUCCAGAGAACGCCACUCACCUGAUGUACAACAUAUCCACAUCUAAUAACUCAGAUACACGGAUUGUAGGAGGCCUGCUGCAGCGUCAGGGUGGAAGUCCAUGGCAGGCUCUGCUACGUGAGAAAAAUGAGAAAGGUUUCUGUGGAGGAAUACUGAUCAAUGAACGCUGGGUCGUUACAGCAGCACACUGUCUCCAGGAAACACCCGAUCAUGUGACCCUUGGUGACUUUGAUAAGUUUCGUCCUGAUAAGGGUGAGCAGAGAAUCAAGGUGGAGAAAGUUAUCAUUCAUCCUCAUUUCCAUGAAUACACAUUUGACAGUGACAUUGCCUUGCUCUACCUGGCUGAGUCGGUCGUCUUCAGUUCAGUCAUCUCCCCUGCGUGUCUACCCAAUGCUCGCCUGGCCAAUCAGCUGGAACGACCAGGGAACAACGGCCUAGUGAGCGGCUGGGGUGCAACUCGCUACUUCGGCCGCUCUUCACGCUUUCUGCUGAAAGUGUCACUUCCUGUCGUGGACCAGGAGGCGUGUACAGGUUCCACUGAUCAGGUGAUCACUGAUAACAUGUUCUGCGCCGGAUUUCUGCGUGCAGAGAAAGAUGCAUGCACCGGUGACAGCGGUGGUCCAUUUGUGGUAAACUACAGGGGGACAUGGUUCCUGACUGGAGUGGUGAGCUGGGGCGAGCGAUGUGCUGCUGACGGAAAAUAUGGUGUGUACACGAGAGUCAGCAACUUCCUGUACUGGAUACAAAACGAGAUGAAGAAACAGGAAGAAACAAUCAGCAAGAAAGCCAAACAGACAAACACCAGUUCGACCCAGCUCUCUUAUUCAUAA